AUGAGACCUUCAUGUUUAUCCGUGUUCAGCAAUGACAAGAAAUUGUUCACACAGCAAGUAAAAUAUGAGCCAUCAUGUGUGUCUAUUCAUCCAGGACAAAUUGAGAUUGCAGUCGGUGAUAGUCAGGAGCAAAAUGUGUAUAUUUAUAACUUAGAAGGCGAUACUUUGAAAGAAUCUGAUAAAUUGUCUUGUAAAGGGGCAAUAACUCAAGUGGCUUACUCACCAGAUGGUGCUAACCUUGGUGUCGGUGAUGCUGGUCGAUAUGUUCAUGUCUUCAACACAACUGAUCGUAAGGUGGUACACCAAGGAUGGUCCUUUCAUACAGCUCGCGUGAAUUGUCUUGCCUGGUCACCUGAUUCCAGACACAUGGCCAGUGGUUCAUUGGAUACAAAUAUUAUUAUAUGGAGUAUGGAAAACCCCAAUAAAAGGAUUGUUAUAAAAGGUGCACACAAAAUGAGUCAGAUAACAUCGUUGGCUUGGUUGAAUGACAACACAGUUGUAUCUACAGGACAAGAUUCCUGUAUUAAACAGUGGACCUUGACACUCCAUUGAAAAGUGCCUUACUUCUAAUUAUCAUAUAUUGGAUUUAGCAGCCUGAUCCCACGAAUGGCCUUGUUAAUUAUUUCCAGAAAAUAGUAUCCUGCGAUGCUGUUAGCUAAUGUGUCAAUGACUGCAUCCAGCAAUUUUUUUUUUGGGGGGGGGGGCAAAAAAGUUUAGUUGGAGGAG